GCCGGGCCGGGCCGCACCGCCCCCCGGGCGGGGCCGGGAUCGGGUUUCACAUCCUGCCCCGCUCGCGGGCAGAGCGGGCGGCGCGGCUGAGCGGGACAUGGCGGAGAGCUCGGACUGGGUGGAGAUCAUCGAGCCCCGCUCCCAGGAGCGGAUGUAUGUGAACCUGACGACCGGGGAGUGCGGCUGGGAGCCCCCUCCCAACCUCAAGGUGCGCCAGUCGGACCAGAAGCAGUGGUGGGAGCUCUUUGACCAGAACAACAACCGCUUCUACUACUACAAUGCCAUCACACGGCAGACGGUGUGGCACCGGCCCCAGGGCUGCGACAUCGUGCCCUUGGCGCAGCUCCAGGCCAUGAAGCGCAGCUCCCAGCCUGACUGCCGGGGCCGGCAGCACCGCGGCAGCACCGGCAGCGACGGCAGAAGCACCCCCAUCCAAAUGGCCCUCCUGCAGGAGAUGGAGAAGAGCAAGGGGGACUGUGCCGCAGAGAAGAGGAAAGACCCUGGCAGGGAGACUCCUCCCCACUGGCAGCCUCUGCCUGGCACGAAAGCAGCCAUGUUGGUCAAAGUGAACAGUCUGAGGCGGAUACAGAGCUCUUCAAACAGUUCCCUUCAGCUGCAGGGUGCUCCAGAGACCAGCAGCCAAAAAUCUCUUCCAAAACCAGCCAUAUAUGCUCAGCCUCAAUCCACAUCCCAGAGCCCUGGAGCCACAAAGCAAAUGCCUACAGGAGAAACAAAGCAGUCUAUGCAGAUCAAAAAGACGGAGAAUGGUGGGUUUUGCCUCGUGCUGAUGAAUGGUCCAACUUCUCAAACGCCUCCAAGGAGCCAGACAGGAACCCCUCAGCCUGUAUCCCCUAAGUAUGCCUCCCCUGCACCUAUAUACGAUGAGCCAUCUUUAGAGUCUCCGAUUUAUGAUGAGCCACCAGUAGAUAUGGACACUGAAAGCGUCAGUAUGAGUGGGAUGUCUCCACCAAGGUCGCCGAGCAGUAGCUUAAAAAAGCGGCUGCAGCCAACCAAAUUAUUACAGCAUCCAAGUGUGCAACAGCAGCAAGCCGCAAAGAAGCAUGCAAGAAAUCCCUCUGCCACCGAAUACAGCCCAGCUGGUAGGGAAUAUAUAAAACACAUGGUCAAUGUUGACCAGUCUUCCAAACUCUCCCACUCUUCUGCUGCAACAGCUGAUGCCUCUACUAAACUGCCAGGUCAGCUUACUUCAAAGGACAGCUUCAAGCAGUCUUGGAGGAUCUUGGAAGCCAAUGUCCUCAAGAACAUGGAAGCCCACCACAGCCGGCAGAGCAGCCUGCAAGCUCAAGAAUACCCAACUGGAAUAAGCCAUCAGGACUCUGGUUAUUCGACUGGCCCUUCCCCAAGCUUGAGAAAAAGGAAAGGAAGGAGGCAAGGCACAGGUCAGGGAAGACCUGGCUCUGUGGGCAGCAGCAGCGAGCUCACGGCUUUGAAUGAUAAGCUGAUUGCUGAGAUGCGUGCUGUGGUGGGCAGGUCAGCAGCUUGCAGGGGAAGCAAAGCCAGCCUUGAUGCUGAAAGUCUGGAGAGUGGCAUCCCCUCAGAGAGCAGCAAAGUCAGAUUCCAGUCUGACCACCUGAAAAAGUGCAUCAGCCGGAGCUCAAGAGAUGACAUCUCAGCCAGUAACAGGUCUCUGUAUAGACAGGGCCUGGAGAGCAGAGGCAACUUUCCCAGUGAUGUGUCUCCACAGGACACAGUGAGGCAGAAGAGGACUUUUGAGAAAAUAGAUUCCUUAGAAAAGAAUGUGACCAGCCAGACAAGUUUGGCUUCAUCAGAUGCUACACGCCACUCCUCCCAGGCUGGGACAAUAGAGUUGGACCCCAAGCAGGAGAGCAGCGCCCAGCCUGGUGGCUGUGGAGGAUACCACUUCCCUUACAACACUCUACGGAAGCCCAUCUCUCAGAGCAGCAUGGCAGACUGGGCUUCUAAAAACCUCAACAUGCACACGCAGGGCAUCUUCCGCCGAAGGAUCUCCAUCUCCAACAUGCUGUCUUGGAAUGGUGGCUCUAUCAAAAAGCCAAUGCUCAUCACCAGCAACCGCACCAUCAAAAAAGAGGCGUGUGAGAUGUUCAAACUGGUGCAGAGCUACAUGGGAGAUCGUCAGACUCGCAUGGACCGGAAUCACGUGGCGUUGGUCACAGUCACCAAGUGCUGGAGCAUGCAGGGCUUACGGGAUGAGCUCUACAUCCAACUCAUCCGGCAGACAACAGAUAACACAUGCUACCGAAGUCUGGCGUGGGGCUGGGAACUGAUGGCCAUCAGUCUGGCCUUUUUCUCCCCAUCACCCAAAUUUCAGUCUUAUCUGGAAGGUUAUAUUUAUCGCCACCUUGACAGUGAUGAAAACAUUGCCCAGCGCAUCAAGGAGCUUGCGGAUCUGAAAAACAAGAAGAACUCAAAAUCCAGGAAAAAGAGGAAGCAAAACACCGAGGAUGAAGGUCUGCCCAUCAGCACCUACGCCAAAUACUGCUACAGGAAACUCCAGAAAGUAGCCGUCACCGGAGGCAAAAAGGGCCUCCGUAAACCGACAGUGGAAGAGAUAACACAUGCCAGGAAUGCCAUCGUGACGCCAUCGCUCUUCGGCAGCUCGCUGGAGGAAAUCAUGCUGCGGCAGCAGGACAUGUACCCAGGCAACAAGCUGCCCUGGGUGCAGACGCAGCUAUCGCAGCAGGUCCUGGCGCUGGGAGGAGAACAGACCGAGGGGAUUUUCAGGAUACCUGGUGACAUAGAUGAAGUUAAUGCAUUGAAGUUGCAGGUGGAUCAGUGGAGAAUCCCAAGCAGUCUCAGCGACCCCAACAUCCCAGCCUCUCUUCUCAAGCUCUGGUAUCGGGAGCUGGAGGAGCCUGUCAUCCCCCAGCAGUUCUACAAAGAGUGUAUCAGCAACUACGAGAACCCUGAUGCUGCCGUGGCCGUGGUGCAGCUUUUACCAGAGCUCAACAGACUGGUGCUGUGUUACCUCAUACACUUCCUGCAGAUCUUUGCUCAGCCAUCGAAUGUGGGCAGGACAAAGAUGGAUGUGAAUAACCUGGCCAUGGUGAUGGCCCCCAACUGCCUGCGCUGCCAGUCUGACGACCCCCGCGUCAUCUUCGAGAACACGCGCAAGGAAAUGUCCUUUCUUCGCAUGCUCAUAGUGCACCUGGACACGAGCUUCAUCAAAGGGCUGGUUUGAGCCUCUGCCCUGGGGUCCAAAACAUUGCUCUGGGGAGUCGCUGGGUGCCUGAAGUCUUCUCCCCUCCACUUAGGUUUCUUCAUUGUCUUUGCUGUUGUGAAACCCUGGGUUAGCCCCUGAGCAUCUCCCAGCAUAUGACCUCGAGGACAAGGACUGUUCAGCACCAGGAAGUCCUUGGACAUGCCAGGCUAGAUUCAGUGGUUCCUGGCCUUCCAGUGGGUGUCAGAGGGUGGCAGCCUGCCUCCUUGGAGCUGCAGGACUUGGUUGCUCAUCAAAAAGGCUGAGAGAUCCAUGAGAAACUGCUACCUGGGGCAGUAAGACUCUCCAUCUCCCUUCUGGAGGCAGAGUUGGCUUCAAGUAGGAAGACGUCACUCCUGUGUUGUGGCAUGGGCUGGUCCUGGGGGAGAUGCUGCCUCGUUGGGAUAUCCUACUGCUGUGGAGCCAGCCUGGUUCACCCCAUGAUGAUGUUGCUAGAGGGAUGUGAAGGUGCAGAGGGUUCGCUGAGGCAGAGGGGUUCCUUGGACUGCCCUGGUCAGUGGAAGCACAUUGCAGCCCAGAGGAGAGGAGGCAUUUGAGCAGACAUCUCACAGCUGGGAGCCCUGGCAGGCCAGAUCUGCACAUCAUCACCUCACCUACUCCUUUAGGCCACUGCAGAGCUGCACAGCAGCAUGUGGGACAGCCCUAUGCUGAGCUGAACCAGCACCCACCCGUGCUGUGAGGGCUGGGGACAAGAGGAAGGCCAUGCUCCUGACAACAGACAGAUCAACAACCUCCUAACAAGGACCAUAUCCUCUGGAGGGGUAACCCCAGCGACCUUGCGGCUCCUUUAUGCUACAGGCAGGGUGAGCUAACCUCAGCUUUCCUGAAGAGCACCUAAAACCAUGCUCAAGAGUGGCUUCCACGGCUCUGGCAUCACUUUCCUGGUACCACGUCCUUCCCAGACCACUCUGCCAGGACUGAAUACCAGUUCUGUCCAUCCUCCUGGUUCAGCCCAGGUCUAAAGAAAGCCCCCAACAGUAAGAAGUGCUCCUGUGCUCAGAUGUGCCCUUCCAGGCAGAGCAGCAGCAUUGCUGUGUGCUCAUGAAAUGCUGAUCCUGGCUGGAGUCAGCUGUGGCACCUAUGCUCUUCCCACCAAAUUCCCAUGGGAGUUGCAGAGCCGUUGAGAAGGGGAAAGAAGGGAAGAGGCAGAUCUGGGUGUCUGAGCUGUGGUGGAGCCUGUGUAAGGGUCGUGUCAGGCAUUCUCACUGCUGCUACUGAACCCCCGUGGCUUUCUGUGUGCCACCAGAAGUGAGGCACAGCAAGGACAGUGUCUUCCAGAGGCAGCACUUGCAUUUCCCUUCUGGAAUGCUGUUGCGUGUUCCUUAGCAAGCAGCAAUUUCUAGUUCUGUGGCAGCCUUGUGUUACACGUCUCUUCUUCCUUUGAAGUGUUUUCCCUGCUGGAGGCAGGUCUGCUGCAAAAAGCCGUGUGUUGGGAUUGCUUGUGCAGUGCCAGGUCUGCCAGUCACAUCCAAGAUUGCAUUUGCAUUUCUGCAUCCGCCUCCUGGUUGCAGUGGGGAGCUGAGCCCUGCCAGCAGUGAGGUUUAAGGCUGAUGUCUGGAUCUGUACCCAAAGUUUGGGCAUACGGUGCCACAUGCAGAGUGCCCCGAGCCUGCUGGCUGCUUGGAUCUCUUGCUGUGUGUGAACGGGGUUUUCAGGGUAUAUGUUUGCUCAGAUGAACUCCACAGUGGGAGUCCAGUUUGUCUCUAGCUGAACAAGAGUCAUGGUUCCUCUUGUACCAGGUGCUUCUGUGGGUCAGGAAAUCUUGCUUCCAUGUCUGGAUUAGCUCUGUCAGACAUGCCCCCAAAUAUGUGCCCAGAUCUGUUUCACACACCCAUCCCAUCCAAGCCAUUCAGCUCUGUUUGGCCUCCUGAAGCACUCAACAACUUCCGAUGUGGGGCUCUUUUACCAGAAGGGUAGGGACAGGCAGCUCUGCCAUGCUGUACUGACAUUGGAAUCUCUGACCAGGCUCAGACUGCAGCAGCCCUGUGGUGCCUGCCCUCCUCUUUGGGCUGCAGAUGCAUGUGCCUGUGUCGGGCUUUGCCUGCAGCCAGCCACCACGUAAGUGAUCCAUGUUAUUCCUUGCACUUAGCUGUAGCAGUCAAUCAAACCAUAGGCAUUUGCUGCUAUUACAGAUGAAUGCUUCUUGCCAGGGCUGUAAAAUAGGCUAAUAAAUGACACUGGAUAUUAUUUUCUUUGCCAACAGAUUUGUAAAUACGAAUCAGUAAAGCGGCCUCUCCUCUGUUAUAAUAAUAAAUACAAUCUCCAUGGUU